AUAGAACUUGCUUUUUUUAAUAUUCACAUCUAUUGAAGUUGUCAAAUAGGCCUUCAUUAAUACCUUGAAUCUUAAAAUCUUAAGAUUCGUGAUUCUCAAAAGUUUCUUUCUUUUUCUUCUUUUUCAAAUGCUCUGUCGCGACUUGCGAAUUCCUAAGAAUGGCUAAACGAAUGCGCAAAUUCCUCAGCCGCCACUCCGCCGCAAGCCGUAAAUUCCUCUGCUCCCUGGCGCAACCCUCCCCUAGCGCCAUACCCGACCCGCCCAUCACCGCCGGCGAUUGUGCAAACAAAAAGCUCCACGAGGAGUUGCGGAAGCUCCGAAUCCUCCUCCAACAGAAUCAGACCGACAGCGCAAAGAGUUUUCUUAUUCACCUCUCCCAGUCGAACUCUGUAUCCGAACUGUACAAUGUCUUCUGUGUCACCUCGCCUUCAUCCAGCAAGCCAAUCUUUGCCGACAUGCUUUUCUCCAUCUAUGCCGACUCCAAGCUUCUCGAUAAAGCAAGCGAGCUGUAUGGGUUGAUGAAAAAAGAGGGUAAGUUCCCUUCAUUGUCUGGUCUCAAUGCGUUUCUGGGAAUGCUGAACUCAUCGAGACAGUAUCCCAAGGUUCUUGAAGUGUUUUCUGACGCUGUGAAUGCAGAGAUUCAGAUCGAUAGCUGUAGUUGUGGUGUGGCUAUACAAUCAGCCGUGAAGAUGGGUGACUUGAAACGGGCACUUAGUUUGAUGGAUUUCAUGAGAAAGUCUAGGUUUCGUUUGGACUCCUUUGUUUACAAUGUGGUCAUGGGGGGCUUUUGUAAAGAGAGAAGGGUUGGUGAAGCACGGAAGCUGUUUGAUGAAAUGCUCGUGAGAAGAAUGACGCCUACUACGGUCACGUUUAACAUUCUUAUUGAUGGGUACUGUAAGUUGGGGGAUUUAGAAGAGGCUUUUAAUAUGUGGAAAAUUUUGAAGGAUACAAAACUAAAGCCGAAUCUGAUCACAUUUAACACUUUGCUCAGUGGGCUUUGUAAGAUGGGGAGAAUGGAGGAAGCCAACAAGGUGUUGGAGGAAAUGAAGACUUUCGGAUUUGUUCCUGAUGGAUUUACAUAUAGUGUACUCUUUGACGGGCACUCAAGGUGCAGUGAUGUCGAUUCAUCUUUGGCGUUGUUUGAAGAAUUGGUGAAGAAAGGAGUUGAAAUAAAUGAGUAUACUAUCAGCAUUUUGUUGAAUGUGUUGUGCAAGAAUGGGAAGUCUGAAAAAGCCGAGCAGAUUGUCAACAUGUUGAUACAAAGUAGACUUACCCCUACAGAGGUGAUAUUUAACAUAGUUCUUAAUGGCUAUUGCAAGGAAGGCAAUAUGGUGAAGGCAGUCUCAACUGUUGAAGCAAUGGAAAGUUUUGGAUUGAAGCCAAGUUGUGCCACAUUUAACACAUUAAUUGGUAGGGCAUGUAAAUCUGGGAAGAUGGAAGAGGCGGAGGGAUGGUUUAAAAAGAUGGCUGAGAAGCAAGUUUUUCCAACCGUGCAGACAUACAACAUCUUAAUGAAUGGUUAUGGGUGUAGUCAUAAAUUUGAUAGGUGCUUUGAGAUUCUUGAGGAAAUGGAGAACGGUGGACUGAAGCCCAAUGUAGUAACAUAUGGUUCAUUAAUCAAUUGUUUGUGCAAGCACAACAGGCUUCUUGAGGCUGAGGUGCUAGUGAACGAUAUGCUUGGUAGAGGGGUAAAGCCGAAUGUUCAAGUAUAUAAUAUGAUUAUAGAUGGUAGUUGCACCAGUGGAAAAAUGGAAGAUGCUUUCCAGAUUUUGGAUAAGAUGGUUGGGAAUGACAUUGCACCCACAAUUGUAACAUAUAAUUCAAUAAUAAACGGGUUCUGUAGAAAGGGAAGGGCAAGAGAAGCCGAGGAAUUAAUGCUUAAGAUUCCAGAAAGAGGUUUAAAGCCUGAUGUUAUUACAUAUAAUUCUUUGAUCUCUGGCUACUCACGUGCAGGGGACACUGACAAGUGUUUCGAAUGGUAUGAAAAGAUGAAAAAUGCUGGUGUUAAACCUACCUUAAACACAUAUCAUCCACUAAUUAAUGCAUGUAAAAAGGAAGAAUCUGGACGGACGCUAGCAGACAAAAUUGUGCAAGAAAUGGCCAUAAUGAAUCUGUCUCCUGAUAGAGCUGUAUAUAAUGAGCUAAUUUGUUGUUAUGCACUUCAUGGAGAAGUUGGAAAAUCAAUUGACCUGAGCAAUAAAAUGGAAGAACAAGGGAUUCUUGCUGACAAGAUGACCUACAAUAGCUUAAUUAUGGGCCAUUUGAUGAAUGGGGAUAAUCUAAAAGCACGGAACGUUUUUGAUAGCAUGAAGGCUAGAGGAAUUGUUCCUAAUUCUGACACUUAUAACACAUUGGUUAGUUGGCAUUGUAAACUCAAAGAUUUCAAUGGAGCAUACAUCUGGUACAGAGAAAUGUUUGAGCACGGUUUUCUGCCAGUAUUCGCUAUCUGUGAUGAGCUGAUUUCUGGCCUCAAGGCAGAAGGAAAGUUGGUGGAAGCUGGUAUAAUUUGCUCAGAAAUGAGUGCUAAAGGAUUACAUGAUCGAAGCUGAGAUGAGGAUUUCUUUGCCUUUUCUAAAGCCUAAGCCAAAUGUACAUUUCAAUGGAGAUUGAUGAAAAUGAAUCUGAUUUGGCUGCACAAUCAAGCAACGUAAGUUAUGCAAUGAGCACAUUGGAGGGACGUACCCCCGGAAUGUGAAGAUGAAUUGAAGCCUAAAGUUGGCAUGUUAUUUAGUUCGUCUGAAUAUGGAUGAGACUUUUAUAAAAGCGUCGCCAGAAUCAAUUGGAAAAUUGAUAAGGGCAGCUUGCAGGAGCAAAAGCAUUGUGGUUUACACUUUAAGACGGUUGUCUUACAUGACUAAUGAACUCAGUGGCGACCGUCCUGCCAGUUUUGAGGGGACCCUCGAGGAUGAGGCUCAUCCUCUUUGCAGAGUUUUCACUGAGAAUUAAUUACGGGCCGAAUAUUUCAAGUUAGAACUUAGAAGCCAUUUCAGCUUUAUAUUUGCGAUUUUGUAAAUGCAGUGUUGUUCUUUGUUAUUCCCAACUUUGGCUGAGUUAAACACACUUUAUAAUUGUCAUGUGACACGCCUAAGGGUUACAUCCGUUCCCAAAACUAUUCCAUUCUCUCCACCCUAAAUGUUCACUUCUUGCAUGAAUAUCUAACUGCCAAUAUCACUCUCUUAAGCUUAGCUUUUUAUUAAUCUUCUUUUAUGGCCUUUUAUGGAUGCAAAUUUGUUCCAUUGUUUUUUUAUGCUUUCGCUUCAUUUGCUUUUUAUGCAUGUUUGAUGUUUCACUUGAGAUUGACGACAAAGAUGUUGAUUUGGCUUAUUUGUUUGGUUCUCUCGAGCAAUAACUGAAACUGAAUAGCAGGCGAGGACUGCGCCGGGGGCGCCUUGCAUGCACUUUCCACCAGCUGGAAACCCAA